UCGAUUAUCGCGGUUUUCUUUGUAAUUCUCAUAACCGGAGAGAUGUUGGCAAAGGCGAAAGGCCAACCUCCUCCCGUUUUCGUGUUUGGAGACUCAUUGGUGGAUAAUGGAAACAAUAAUUUCUUGGCUACCACUGCCCGUGCAGACUCUCCGCCUUAUGGAAUUGACUCACCAACUCAUCGCCCUUCCGGUCGCUUCUCCAACGGUCGUAACAUCCCCGACUUUAUCUGUGAGAUGAUAGGGGCAGAACAUGCAUUACCUUAUCUUAGCCCACAAUUGGAUGGACAAAGAUUACUUAAAGGAGCCAAUUUUGCUUCUGCUGGAAUUGGCAUUCUUAAUGACACUGGUUUUCAAUUUGUGAACAUAAUCAUGAUUUACAGACAAUUGGAAUACUUUGAACAAUACCAGUUAAGGGUUACCGAUUUGAUCGGAAGCGAUAACACACGGCGAUUGGUGAACAGCGGUUUGGUGUUCAUCGCUCUCGGCGGUAACGAUUUCGUUAACAACUAUUACUUGGUACCAUUCUCGUAUAGAUCGCGGCAAUACAAUCUUCCUGCGUUCGUCGAUUACCUAAUCUCCGAAUACCAGAAGAUUCUUCAGAGAAUGUACGAUAUCGGAGCAAGGAAAGUGGUGGUAUCAGGAACUGGACCGUUAGGAUGUGCGCCGGCGGAAAGAGCAACGAGGAGUGUGAACGGUGAAUGUUCGCCGUCGCUUCAGGAAGCUUCAUCGUUGUUUAAUCCGAGACUUGUCAAUAUGUUAAACGGAUUGAAUAAUAAGAUUGGGAGUACGGUGUUCAUAUUUGCGGAUCCGUUUGAGAUGCAUAUGGAUUUCUUUUCGAAUCCUGGAGCGUAUGGAUUUACGAAUGCGAGAGUUGCUUGUUGUGGACAGGGAAGGUUUAAUGGGAUUGGAAUUUGUACGCCGUUUUCGUUUUUGUGCCCUAAUAGAGAUGAAUUCGUGUUUUGGGAUGCUUAUCAUCCGACUGAAAAGGCUGCGAAAUUCAUUGCUCAACAGAUUAUGAAUGGAGCGAAUAAGUAUAUGCAUCCGAUGAAUCUCAGUACUUUUCUUGCAGUGUAAUUUGUAAGCUUGAUGAUGAAGAUCAUGAAGAAGAUGAAAAUGAUGAAGAAGAUGAUGAAAUUGAAGAUUAGGGUUUCUAAUGAUUUGCUUAUUACUGGUUUUAUUUAAUUUAAUGACUUUUUUCAUCAUUUGUAAUGUUUUGAAUUUUUUAUUUUCAAUUUUUAGAAAUUUGGGGUUGAUUAUUUUAUGAA